GUGACAACGGGUAUAACUAGUCGAUCACAUAUACGAGUGAUCGAACAAGAAGGCGCAUGGCGUAUGACUUCAACCGGAAGUGAUGACCUAGGAAACCAUAUGGUGCAACCAUGGUCGGAAGAUCCAAACCCUCCUUUAUUCAUCAAGAAUUCGGAGGCCUCACUCCAAGAGCGUCUAACCGGUUGGACGCUUGAGAAAAGGCAAAGAUCUAAUGGAAAAUAUGAUAUGUUCUAUUAUCACCGACGAAAACAAUACAGAUCCUUUUACGAGAUGGCGACAUUCAUACUAUACGCGAACAAGAGGCCGGAGGAUCUACAACUUACGAACAAUAAUGCCGGUGUGUGA